CAAAGACUUCCCCAGAGGAGAGGAGAGGAGAGGAGAGGAGAGGAGAGGAGGUUGUGUGGCUAAGCUGCUCCUGACUGAAGGAUGUUACAGCUGAGCCUGUCCUGGCUGGGAUUGGGGCAGCUGGCAGCCUCCCCGUGGCACCUCCUGCUGCUGGCUGGGGCCGCCUGGCUGCUGGCCCGCAUCCUGACCUGGAGCUACAGACUGCAUGACAUCUGCUGCCGUCUCAGGUGUUUCCCUCAGCCUCCAAGGCGCAACUGGUUCUGGGGUCACCUGGGCCUGAUUCAGAGCUCAGAGGAAGGUCUGCUGUACACACAGGACCUGGCAAGCACCUAUGGGGAUGUGUGCUGCUGGUGGGUGGGUCCCUGGAACGCGGUGAUCCGCAUCUUCCACCCCACCUGCAUCAAGCCCGUGCUCUUUGCUCCAGCUGCCAUCGUACCCAAGGACAUGGUCUUCUACAGCUUCCUGAAACCCUGGCUGGGGGAUGGGCUCCUGUUGAGUGCUGGUGACAAAUGGGGCAGCCACCGCCGCAUGCUGACACCUGCCUUCCACUUCAACAUCCUGAAGCCCUAUGUGAAGAUUUUCAAUGGCAGUGUGAAUGUCAUGCAUGCCAAGUGGAAGCGCCUGGUGUCAGAGGGUAGCAACCAUCUGGACAUGUUUGAACACAUUAGCCUCAUGACCCUGGACAGUCUGCAGAAAUGUGUCUUCAGUUUUGACAGCAAUUGCCAGGAGAAGCCUAGUGAAUAUAUUGCUGCCAUCUUAGAGCUCAGUGCCCUCGUGGCAAAACGGCAUCAGCAGAUCCUCCUGCACACGGACUUCCUGUACUACCUCACUCCAGAUGGACAGCGCUUCCGCAGAGCCUGCCGGCUGGUGCACAACUUCACAGAUGCUGUUAUCCAGGAGCGACGCCGCACUCUCCCUGAUCAGGGUGUUGAUGACUUCCUCGAGGCCAAGGCUAAAACCAAGACUUUGGACUUCAUUGAUGUCCUCCUGCUGACCAAGGAUGAAGAUGGAAAACAAUUGUCAGAUGAGGACAUCCGAGCAGAGGCUGACACCUUCAUGUUUGAGGGCCAUGACACCACAGCCAGUGGCCUCUCCUGGGUCCUGUACAACCUUGCAAAGCAUCCAGAAUACCAGGAGCGCUGUCGGCAGGAGGUGCAAGAGCUCCUGAGGGACCGUGAGCCUCAAGAGAUUGAAUGGGACGACCUGACCCAGUUGCCCUUCCUGACCAUGUGCAUCAAGGAGAGUCUGCGGUUGCAUCCCUCAGUCACAGUCAUCUCCCGCUGCUGUAGCCAGGACAUUGUGCUCCCAGAUGGCCGGGUCAUCCCCAAAGGUGUUACCUGCCUCAUCAGUAUUUUUGGGACCCACCACAACCCAUCUGUGUGGCCAGACCCUGAGGUAUACAACCCCUUUCGCUUUGACCCAGAAAACAUCAAGGAGAGGUCACCCUUGGCUUUUAUUCCCUUCUCUGCGGGACCCAGGAACUGCAUUGGGCAGACGUUCGCCAUGACCGAGAUGAAGGUGGUCCUGGCGCUGACGCUGCUGCGCUUCCGGGUCCUGCCGGGCGAGGAGGAGCCGCGCAGGAAGCCGGAGCUGAUCCUGCGCGCGGAGGGCGGACUCUGGCUGCGCGUGGAGCCGCUGAGCGCGGCACCCCGGUGACCCAGACCCUACACGCCUCACUUUGCGGAUUCCCGGGAACGAAACUGUGCCAUCUCCUCUGUCCGAGCUUCAUCGAGAGCCAGCAGG